AUAAUAAGUAAAGGCAGGGGGUAAAGGUUGAGUUUAUAGUUUCAAGAUAAAAACACGGUGUCAUCAACCCGGUUUGAUAAUCAUCAAAACAAUGUGAAAAAAAGCUAUCCAGGCACAAGCGUGUGAUCGGAGGAACCGAGAUCUCAAAGGGUGACACACCUUGGCUUGUAUCCUUGCACGGGAAAAUCGUUACAGAGAGGUUAUUCGGUAUAAUACCUAUUGGUCACAAGCACGUGUACUGCGGGGGUUCUCUCAUUAACGACCGAUAUGUCCUGACAGCUGCACACUGUUUUGAUUCAGGACGCGAUAUUGACGAAUGGGAGGUCCGGUUAGCAGCUGUAGAUUUAAAGGUGGCGCUUGCUGACAGAUUUAUGGACUUUCUUGGGAAAACUCUCGGCAAGAAAGACUGGCGAAUAUGGGAAAUAGAUGUGUCUAAAAUCAUCAUACAUCCGGGUUACAACAGAAAUGAUUUAUGGUAUCAGGACAUAGCUAUCGUAAAAUUGGCGGACCCGGUGCCGUCUGGUCGCAGGUUCGAGCAUAUCAAGAGAAUCAAACUUCCGGGCAUGUUUGAUUUCAGUUUUCCGGACAAGGGAAGUAACUGUCACAUGACCGGAUGGGGAUGUACGUCUGCUGGAGGGGGCUUAUCACGAUAUGCCAGAUCUGUACAGCUGCCUAUUUUAGCUAACAGAGAAUGUGGGUACUAUUACAAUCUGAGAUCGUUGUUCGGUAGACUGUGUGCCGGUUUCAAGUCCGAUAAUGACAAUGGAGGAAUAUGCCCGGGAGACAGUGGAGGACCUCUAGUUUGUCAGAAUGAUAACGGAGAAUGGACACAAGUUGGUAUAGCAAGUUUUACCAGUAAAACGAGACCAGGAAAGUUUCCGGCGGUGUUCACGCGCAUUUCUACCUAUGUCACGUGGAUAAAAAGUUACACCGAUAAUUAGAACGGAAUGGAAAAAAAAAUUAUAUUACAUAAAGAAUUAUAAUAUUGUGGCAGAAUAUUAAUUUUGUAAUCAGAAUUUCAGUUGAGAAAUAAGAAUUGUAUGUACCAAGAAAAAAUAGGAUGUGGAUCGACGAAUUAAUUCAUUAUUAUGUACGGUUGUGUAAAUUUGUGCUGAAAAUGAUGACGAUUUCCGGUUUAAAUGAUGUAACAAUUUUGUCUCUUUACUUUAUUUACUAUGACAGAUAGCAAUGUCACAUUGAUGAUCUAGAUUGAAAAUUCAUAUAUAAGAACACUCAACUGAAGGGGGUUCUCUCUACCUACGUUAUAAUAUAUGAUUAUAGAGUUGUCACAAGAAAAAUCGAGACAACCAUUCGUGCACUCUACAUCAGCCUCAAUACUUUAAACUUUUGGAAAAAUGAGCCGUGUCACGACAAAACCAACAUAGUGGGUUUGCGACCAGCAUGGAUCCAGACCAGCCUGCGCAUCCGCGCAGUCUGAUCAGGAUCCAUGCUAAUCGCUUACAAACCCUAUAAGAAGUAGAGAAACUGAUAGCAAACAGCAUGGAUCCUGACCAGACUUCGAGAAUGCGCAGGCUGGUCUAGAUCCAUGGUGGUCGCUAACCCAUUAUGUUGGUUUUGUCGUGACGCGGCUCAAUUAUUAUAUUAUAUCAUUUGUAUCUAUAAUCUUAUCACAUUUAUGAUGAUAUUGUUAAUUGUACGACUAUUAACUGUUAAAGCUGAACGUCUCCAGAUGAGCCAAAUUAUUUCAAGAAAUUCAUUUUAAGAAAAAUGUAUAAAGAUUUUAAGAAAAGAUAUUCAAUAUCUAAUUAAUGAUUAACAUGUUAUGUGCGAUUAAUGACUGAUUUUGCAGCAUCAAUCACUUUAAUUCUACUGCGUUACUAACGCAGUAAGAGGUAUUUAUGUAUAUUUUGACCUCUUUUUGGUAAUUAGCGUUGAUUUUAAGUGCCGUUUGAAAUGUACAAAUUACUUUCUUUAUUCACUUCACAAUAUUUAACUUUAAAAAAAGAUUUUUGAAAUUUUCACGAAUAUGAGCAUGAAUCUAGAGGCAUGCUGCUUUAUAUUAUGUAACUUGGUAUUUAAAAAAUAUGUUUUCCCUGGAUGUGAUGUCAUUU